AAGUAAAAAUCUAACCUUAAAAUGUUGACAGCUAGCUUUAAUUAGUUCGGUUAGCUAGUGUUUAUAUCUUUGAAAUUUUAUGAAUUUCUAUUAUAUUAGUUACAUUAUAAAAUUUAUAAAACAUAAGCACAUGGUAUCUAGUUAAAUGUGUCCUAAAAUAACGGAUAAAUAAUUAUAAAAUAGAAAACUUUAAGGGAUUUUUAAAAUGUACUGUAUAAGGUCAAUUUUUAAUCAUAUUCGACAACCUAUCCGGCAACUGCAUCCUAAAAAUGUUAUUCACAUCAAGCAAACAUUCUUCCGACCAGCUAGUCAAUUAUCACAGCAGGCAGAUGACUACUCUGAAGAUAUUAUUAACGAAAUAUGCAAAGGUGAUCAAGAGCUGGAAAAGAAAUUGCGCAUUCUCAUGUUAGAGGUAGAAGUCAUGCGACAAGACGGCCGCCAAGCUCCUGACCAGCUACGGGGCCACCACUGGAAACAUCUAAUGGAACUACCUAGUAGAAAUCAGAGAAACUCAUACCUUUUGUAUUUGUUUAAAACUGAAAGAGCAAAGGAAAACCAAAAAGCAAAAAAAGAAGCCCGGAGACAAGCAUUUUUGGAAUCAGAACCUGAAGACACUAGAGAAUUUCCAGAUGAUAUGGUGUAUGGUAUUCAACAUCAAUCACUGUUUUUACGUAUCCGGGACCAGUCCAUGAACAACUUUGACAACUACAGAGCUUUGCAAGCUAUAAUGCAUGGUCAAAAAGUAGUUAUAGAUUGCUCGUAUGAGAACAACAUGAUAUAUAGAGAGGCAGUAAAUGCUGCUAAACAAAUGACCUUUGUCUUUGGUGACAAUAGAAUUCAUAAAGACCCAUUCGAUGUGCACAUGUGUAAUGUGAAUUUAAAAGGACACUUUUAUAAACAACUGGUGAAGAAUAUUCCUUCUAUUGAAGAGCCAUGGAUACCUCUGAAUAUCCAUACUGAGAGUUAUUUGAAUGUGUUCCCAAAAGAGAAAUUAGUCUACCUCACCCCACAUUGCAGAAAUGAACUAACGGAGUAUGAUCAUGAUGCUAUUUACAUCAUUGGCUGUAUGGUCGAUAAGGUAAAUAAUGAGCCCCUCUCCCUGGCUAAAGCCAAGAGAGAUGGAAUUAAAAUGGCAAAAUUACCUCUUGACAGAUAUCUCGAAUGGGCUCCAGGUUCUAAAAAGAACCUGAACAUAAACCACAUGGUACCAAUACUGCUAGAUCUAAAAACAACAGGAGACUGGGAGUAUGCAUUAAGACAUGUUCCAAGAAGAAAACUUAUGGAGACUAAAGUGUUAGCCAUGGAAAACAAGUUGAAACGUACCCCAGGACUGCGCAAACAUGUGUUCCAGAAUUUAAAACUACAUUCUGAAGAGCUUACACAAUCUUAUAGUGAGAAGAGAAGAAGAUCAAAAAAGUCAUUGUAUGAUAAUGACAGUAUAUAAUUGUAUGAAUAAUUAGAAAGUAUACCUUUUGUUUUAAUUCAGUAAAACUUAAUUUCAGAAAACAAAAUCUAUGCAAGGGUCAUACAAGAGUAGGUCAGUGUAAAAUAAAACAGUAUUUCGAGUCUAUGUGCCAUAUAUGUUUAAUUUUGUACACAGCAUUAAAGAUUUCAUAACUAUAUUUAGGUUUAAACUAUUUACAGUCUGAUGUUGAUCAGUGAUCACUGAAGUAUAAGAUUGUGAUAGACACUUAAUAUUAUUGAAUCAAUACAAAUAUUGACCAUUCUUAUACAAUCUAUUGCACAUAUAGAUUCUCAAAAAGAUUACAUGCUAAGCAUGCAUGCAUUUCCGUGUUUUACAUUUAAAGUAAUAACUAGUCCAUUGAAGUAAUAAAAAAGUAAGUCUAAAUUAGUCUACAAAAGUAGAAAUAUACACAUAACAUACUCUCUACAUAACCACUACACAGUAGAUGGACUCUCUAUGCACUCGCAGGCGGAUUAAACCAUAAUCAUUUAUACAUUCCUUUCUCUACAAGUACAGAAUAAGUAAAUUACUUGCUGCAAUUAUACAACACUAUUUAUAAAUAAUCUUGUACUACAUCCUACUAUAAAACAAUCAGCUUUAAAACUACACCAAUGGCAGAAGACAAUGUUUAAACGUGUUCAUUAUAGUUAUCUAUAGAUCAUAGCAAUAUCUUUUACAGUUCAUUAAAUCAGACUAAACUUCACUGUGAAUUAACAAUUUCAAUCUCGAAAUAU